UGACCAUUUGUCGUUGUUUUUAGUUGAAAGUGCAUAAAAGAAGUUCAGCGUAAAUUCAUAAGGCAAUACAUACGUUGUAAAAUAACUAGUUACUAAACGAAAUAAAUACUAAUGUCUGCACACAGAACGUUGAAAAAGAAAUGCAGAUAUGAAAUAAAAUAAGCUGUAUAUGUAUGCAGUUUGCUGUAUUUAUGUUGGAUCGGAGCUCACUGUUAUCAACGAUCCCAAGAUCCUCAGUCAGCGUGGCGGGBGAUUAACAGAUAAUAAGUAGGCCGAUACGGAUUGGACAGUCGACAGGCGAAGUGUGGAAGAGUGGAGUGGUGGCUACUUGUUGCCGUGCGGAUCCUAAAAAGUACUCAAAAUUGAUAGAAAGAACAGAAAGGCUGCUGCAACUGGUGCCUCAGCCGGGGACCAGCCGCCGCGCAAAAAGGGACGUCGCUCAGGUGGAUCCAAUUCAGUUUCUGUCGUAGACUCGAACGCAGCGUCUACGUCGAGAGCAGCGCUACAGAGCAACAGAAGUGAAUCACAGCCACAACAGAGCCGGCAGAGCAAAAGCAAUACUGAAGUCAAUAGACUGCAAUUGAAUUCCACAACGUCCCCAACGGACACCUCCAGCACACACAACUGCAACAGCAACAACAAUAGCAAUACUAACAGUAACAACAGUAGCAGCAUAAACGACAACAACGCUUCUGGCAUGAACAUGCAGAGUACAGCGCCGUUGUCAUCCUCCACAGCACAAGGAGUAGCCGGCGGCACCGCAGACAGUGGUUCUAGCACCGCUGUGGAGCAGCCCGCUGGCAGCGACAAUGUCACCAACGACACUGGCGCCGGGGGCGACGGGGCAGCCGAUGAGGUUGCCCAACCCUCGAGUGGCCAUAGCAAUAAUACGACAAACGGCCAUGAUGUAAAGCAUAAUGGCUUCGCAGCAAAUAACAAUGGCAGCAACAAUGUCUGUGCGGUGGACGGUGAGAACAAUCGAGAGAAUAAUAGCAGUGGAUACAGUGGCAUACAUUUGGACAAGUCAAAUCAAGAGAUAAUACGGCUUAUUGGCCAAUAUCUGCAAGACGUCGGCCUUGAGAAGUCGGUGAAGACUUUAAUGCAGGAAUCCAACUGUUAUUUGGAGCACCCGUCGGCCACAAAGUUCAGGGAACAUGUUCUUGUUGGUGACUGGAGCAAAGCCGAUGCUGAUCUUAAGGACUUGGAGCCAUUGAUCGAUAAUGGAAAACUUCAGCAGGCGGUGGAGCUGCAGAGCCAAGACUGCCCCUUUCACGAUAUGGCUUGGGAGACAAAUCUGCAGACGGUGUCGCUGUUGACGGAUCAUUGUUGCUCCACAGAUGGCUUUCCCAUGCAAACAAUACAAGUGCUGAGCGAUCAUUGUGACGAGGUCUGGUUCUGUAAGUUCUCGCCCGAUGGCCUYAAGCUGGCYACCGGYAGCAAAGAUUCCACUGUGAUCAUCUGGGAUGUAGAUCCAUACAAACUGACGCUUAAAAAUCGUCGUGUGCUCGACGGUCARGCGCAGUUGAACGUUAGCUUCGUCAGCUGGAGUCCGGACUCAAAGCUUAUUCUAGUGGGCGGUACCGAGGACUCGCACGAGCUCUUUAUCUGGAAUGUGGACGAUGGCAAGCUGGUUGUCAAGUUCUCGCAAUCCCUCGAUGAUAGCCUGGCCUGUGGCACAUUCAGCCGUGAUGGCAAUCAUUUUGUCUGCGGUGGCCAGAAGGGUCAGCUAUAUCUGUGCGAUCUGAACGGCACUUUGAUAGACUCCUGGGAGGGUGUUCGUGUGAAUAGCGUCGCCUUUCGAGCAGACAACAAAACCAUAUUGGCGGCCGAUAAUCAUUAUCGUAUAAGAGGCUACAAUUUCGAUAACCCACGCUCGGACUUUGAUAUACUGCGAGAACCACAUCCAAUUAUGACAUUUAGCAUCAAUUCGGCCGAUCGUUUGGCCUUGUUGAACGUGUCCAAUCAGGGCCUGCAUCUAUGGGAUAUCGAGGAUAAGUGUCUGGUGCGUCGUUUUCAGGGCAUACGACAAAGCAACUUUGCCAUUCACUCCUGCUUUGGCGGCGUUAACGAGAGCUUCGUGGCGAGCGGCAGCGAGGAUAAGGUUGUGUACAUUUGGCAUCUCAAGCGCGAGGAGCCGUUGGCCAAGCUGAUCGGUCACACUAAGACGGUUAACUGCGUGUCCUGGAAUCCAGUCUAUCCGUCCUUACUGGCCAGCGCCAGCGACGAUGCCACCGUUCGCAUUUGGGGCCCCAAGCCGACGGGCAGCAAUGCAACGACAGAGAGUGACGAUUGUUCAUCCAGCUCGUCGUCGUCCUCRUGGAACAUGACCUAAGCCCGCAAUUCGCUUAUCGUUUUAUUUAUGUGGUGUCUGCGCARUAGAGGUUUGCAAUAUGAAAA